AUGAAAUAUUUAUUUUUAUUAUUUUUUCUAUUUCUUUUUUUAAAUAAAAUUAUUGGAUUAAAUAAUAAUUCAGAAAAUACUAACAAACAAAAUAUUUUUGAUUGGAUAUUUAAUCGUCAUGGGCAUAAUUUCAAAAAUAAAACAAAGGAGAGUGAGGAUACCAAAACAAAAUGUGUUUAUUGUCAAAAUCCAACAAUUGAAUUGACUGGAGGUAAAAUUGAAGGGAGAAUUUCUUUUGUAGCUGGAAAGAAUAAACCAUCAAUUGUUUUUGAAGGAAUUCCAUUUUCUGAGCCACCAAUUGGAAAACUUCGCUUUUUACCUUUAAAAGAGAAAAAACCUUGGAAUGGAAUAUUAAAUACAACAAAAUAUAGUGCUGCUUGUCUGAGUAAUACAACAAGUACUCGUUCUCCACAAAAAUAUAUUUCUGAAGAUUGUAUUUAUAUUAAUAUAUUUACUAGCCCUAAAUGUUUGGCAAAGGGUAAAAACAAAAACUGCCCAAUUCUAUUUUAUAUUCAUGGUGGAGGUUUUGCCUAUGAUUCUGCUACAAUGUUUAAUGACACACAAAUUAUACAAAAAUAUUCAUCUGAUGGAAUUAUUUUUGUAAUUCCUGCUUAUCGUUUAGGUGUUUUUGGUCUUUUAGAUUUAGGGAAUGAUAAAGUUGUUAAAAGAAAUUUGGCAAUGCAUGAUAUAAUUUUUGCAUUAGAAUGGGUUCAAAAAGAAAUUCACAAUUUUGGUGGAAAUAAUAAAAGAAUUACAGCAAUGGGAAAUAGUGCUGGUGCUUCUGCUUUAAUGUAUUUGUGUGGUUCUCCAGCUGUAAGGGAAGGAUUAUUUCAGCAGGCAUUUAUUAGUUCUGGAGUUCCUUUUUUUAGAAAAGAUGCAAAUUUAAAACAAAGUUUUGCUCUUCUAGAACAUUUUAAUUGUCUUCGAGAUAAUUCAACAAACAAAACAUUUUCUGAUAAACAAAAAGCCGAAUGUUUACGUAAAAUAGAUUCAUUAGAUUUACUACGACAACAACAAUACAACGAAAAUUUUGAUAUUGUUUUUAGUGGACCCGAAUCGGAUACAGAAAUACUUCCCUUUGAUAAUUAUGUACAUUUAUUAAGAAAUUGGAAGCCAAUUCCAUUAAUGAUUACAACAACAAUAAUUGAAUUUGAUCGUUGGUCAGAUGAUAGGUUAGACAAGGAAUGUUUUAAGGCAACAGGAACUUUUGGUUAUUAUUCUCUCCAAUCAUAUAAUGCUUGUUUUGAUAGAUAUAAAGAUGAAUUUAAUAUAUCAACACAUAUGCGUGUUUCUUAUGAAUCAUUACAUUCUGAAGCAUUUUUAACUUCCUUAGUAAAUACAAGAUUUGGUGGAAUUAGUUAUGUUGGUGAAUUUGAGAUUGCUAAUUAUUCAAAUCAUGCUAGUGAUAUGUAUUUCUUUAUUGGUCUUCAUCCAAUUGAAUUAAAUAGAACUGAUUUAAAAUUAAUGAAUAAUUAUUACCCAAAAAUGAUUAAAAAUUUUAUAAGAGGGCAUUCUCCUGAUAAAAGUUGGAGAACUCAAACUUGGAAUGGAAGAAACUAUUUUCGAAUAACUUUUAAUGUUAGCGACAAUAAUACAAUUUUGGAAGCGCCUCAUAAUGUUGAUGGAUAUCAGGCAAUUUUUAAAUAUAAAGAUGUGAAAGGCUUAGAUUUUUGGUUACAUGAUAUGCCAAUUGUGGAGAGAAAAGCCCGUCAAAAUAUUGAAGGGAAUUAUAGUAAUAAAGAAGAUAAAGAAGAAAAUAAUUGGUUAGAUUUAUUUGGAAAUAAACAAGAUAAAAAUAAAUUUGAAGAAGCUAUUAAACCUUUUUUGCCAAUAAUUGGUUCUUCUUUUGCUGUUUUACCUUCAAAUGAUGUUUCGGAAGAGGAAGAAAAUGAAAAUAAUACAGAAAUAAUUAAAAAUGAUAAUUAUCCAAAUUCGCCGCAACUAAAUAAAAAAGAAUCUACUUCAGAAUUCGUAAAUGUAUCAGCAUUUUGGAUUUUAAUUUUUAUUACUGCCUUUUUAGCUAUAACGCUUUUAUUAACAACUACAACAAAAUUUGUUUAUCAACACAAAAACAUUCAAAAUGGUUAUUCUCAAGUUCCUGAAAGCUAUGGAAUUUUUAAUGAAAAAUCCAGAAUUAUUACGGUCAAUAGUAGAAAUAAUCCUCAAUACAUGUAA